AUGAGUGAAUUAAACGAUUGGAAAAUGACGACAAGUGAAAACGUGACGGUUGACACCGAAACGAUUGAAAAAUUAACCGAAGGUUUCGUUAAUAUAUACGAGCCGACUUUAAAAUCUAUGAAAAAACAAUUAUUGGAAAUAAUUAAAAAACAAGAAUUCGUAACGCAAGAAAUGCACGAUUUAUCAUUGAAUUUACACGAGAAUUUAUACGAUCACGAACUUCAAGACAUGUUUGAUAAAAUUAAAAUAUAUAAAGAUAAAUUAUUUGUCGUGAGGAAAAACAUGAUUUACGUUCAAGAGCAGAGUACAAAACUCAAAAAAAGAGCAUUAAAACUUGAACAGCAAAAACAAAAAGAAAUGAUGGAUAAGGCUGAAAGGCAAGAGUACGAAGAACUUUUGGUUAGAAAAUCAUCGAAAUGA